AUGAACAUGACUUGUCUACAAACAUACCCAAACAUAUCUCAUCCUCCCCAUCUAUACAUUGGCUACUUUUCUGGCCUCGUCAAUGGCUCGAUCAUUCUUCGCGACCGAUUAGUCCAUCUUUACGCCAUUGUCUACCACUACCAGCGCCGUCCUCGACGCCGGAACCCACGCCUGCGGGACACCACCGCUCCCAACCACCAGACACAGACCUAUCUGCCUGACCGCCAACCCACACAGCAGGCACUAGGUCGUUACUCCCCAGGGCGUUUGCAUUACUCCGUGGGCACGACUGUGCCGUUGCGAAGGGAGGCCGACGACCUCGCCAAUCUGGAUGGACUUCCGUCGGAGGAAGAUCCCCUUCCACAGCCGGUGUCCGUCGGCAGUUCACAUAGCCGAGUCAGCAGUGCCAGGACUCCACAAGUUGCCAGCCCACCUGAAGCCUAUGGAACGGGCGACUACGCUGAUGCCUACGUUGGAGACGAGGACUCUCUGUUGGAAGAUGUUCAGGAGGAGGCGACGGAGACGGGUCGAUUCAGGCUUCACGAGGACGAUGUACCUGCCGGCCAGCAGCAGGUCUUGAUGGGUUUUGCACCCCAGAGACAAGUGUGGCCAGGACAUACUGGUUCAGGAUCUGUGUACGCUCUGCCAGAUGACGAAGUACCAAGGCCCGGACGUUUGGCGCGGCCGACCAGGUCGGAACACGUGAGUAUCUGA